GGUGCACUGGAGACAAACGAGCAGACUCUAGCCACACAUCAUGGUACUUGGGUAAUUCACAAGUUAGUAAUGGAGUAGUAUGCUAGCUAGCUAAUUAAAAUUUAAAAUCCGUAUGUGUUUGCUCUUGUUUCGAAGGUACUGCACUGUGGUACUGUUAAUUGCAAAUGGAUACCGAAAUUAUUGUCAAACACAAAGAUGACCUGGAGCGCAUGCUGCUUGAUGGAAGCGCGGAGCCAACGUACCUGCCGUUAUCACUUUUAGAAGAUAUCACAAACUGUUUCUCCGAUGCUCAGCGAAUAGGCAGCGGUGGGUUCGCGGUGGUUUAUAAGGGAAUUGUGGGAGAAGGGAUAGUCGCUGUCAAGAAGCUGUCCCAACCAUAUGGUAUGCAUGAGGAUAAAUUCCUUAAAGAGGUUGGGUGCUUGGUGAAGGCCAAGCACAAAAACAUAGUACGUUUCCUGGGAUAUUGUUCUGACACACAAGGGAGACUUGCAAACUACGAAGGGAAGGUUGUCAUGGCAGAUCUGCGGAAUUGGUUACUAUGUUUUGAGUAUGUACCUAAUGGAAGCCUUGAUAAUUAUAUUACUGAUGCGUCUUGCGGACUUGAAUGGAGGAAGCGCUAUAAGAUUAUCAAGGGAAUAUGUGAGGGGUUACUUCAUCUUCAUGAGUUACGCAUUCUCCACUUGGAUCUGAAGCCUGGUAAUAUAUUGAUAGAUGAACACAUGGCACCCAAAAUUGCUGAUUUUGGUCUAUCAAGGUGCCUUGAUAAGGAGCAAACCCGGGUUUUUACUUCAAACCUAUGUGGAUCACAGGGAUAUUUGGCACCCGAAUUCUUCGGAGGGCAAGUCGCAUUCGCGUCGGACAUUUACAGUCUUGGCGUUAUCAUCAUGGAGAUACUGACAGGCAAGAAGGGGUAUCCAGAAGAUGAGAAUGUUGUUGACACGUGGAUGAAUCGGUUGGAGGGAUUGGAUCAAUGGGAGACACAAUUGGAGGAAGUAAGAGUGUGCAUUGAGAUAGGGAUAGAGUGCAUGGAGUCGAACCCAAAAAAGAGACCAGUUGCAUGGCAUAUAAUUGAUAGGCUUGACAAAACGAUAGGUAUUGUCGAAACUAGCAUAAGUUGUUCAUCAGUCGAACAGCAGAUUAGUUUCCUAAAGGAACAAUACAGUCAAGAGCAAAACUCAAAGGUUUCAUCUGAGUACCUCGGAAAGGACAUCAAGCAACAUGCUGAAACAAAAGAACUUGCGAAAUGUGUAGAGACUCCUAGAGAAGAUCAUUGGCAGCAAGGGCAGCAAGAAGCUUCUGGUGAUCAAUGGUCAUCGUGGGCAGCGCAAGAUACAAAGCAAAAUGUCAGCCCACAAGGUGCAAGCAUUCCAAGCUCUAAGUCUGGUUUGUUGUACAAGUUGAAAAAUUUGGACCCCUUCGGCAGAAAAGCACGACGCAAGUUUUAUGAGAUGAAUGGUGGGGUUAUUUUGCAACCAGCAUGUUCGAUUAAAAUAUUCACAGAGGACGAGCUCAAGUCAUUCCUAAAUGAUACAGAUUUUAUUAGAAAAGAUGGCUUUGGAGAAGUUUACAAGGGCCUUAUUGAUAGAGUACCUGCCAUUGUAAGGAGGCCAAUUAGUGGCAUUCUGCCACAUCGUUUUACAGAUGAAGUCAUCAUCCAUUCUAAAGCCACUCAUGAAAACAUCAUUAGGAUCAUAGGUUGUUGCCUUGAAACUGAUACCCCGUUGCUAGUCUAUGAGUUCCACUCUACAGUUAGCCUCCAUGACAUUCUUCACAUCAACAUCAAGGUGCCUGUUAGCCUUGGCACGCGAUUAAGUAUUGCCACAAUAUCAGCAGGUGCUCUAGCUUAUGUGCAUUCAGCACUUGGUCCGAAAAUCUCACACGGUGAUGUUAAACCAGCAAAUAUACUCUUGGAUGACCAUUUUGUGCCAAAGAUCUCAAACUUUGGUUUAUUUAGAUUGAUGAAAGACGCUGGAACUGUCAUCAAUGACCUAGCUUAUAUGGAUCCGGUAUAUCGCCAAACAGGGCUGCUAACUGAAAAAAGUGAUGUCUACAGUUUUGGAGUUGUCAUUUUGGAGCUUCUUACAAGGAAGAAGGCGAAACAUUCUGAUAAUAACAGCUUAGUAAGGAAUUUCCUUGAGAAUCAUGGGCAGGGGAGGAAUUCAACAAAGCUGUUUGACAAGGAAAUUGUAGUGACAGGUGAUCUGGUGCUUCUAGACAAUCUAGCAGAAAUUGCCGUGGAAUGUCUUAACCUUGAAGCAGAAAGAAGACCGGAAAUGAAAGAUGUUGCAGAGCGCCUUGAAAGACUGAGAAAGGUGAAGCAUUUGCAAGACGAGUUGGAACAACAUGUACGUUAUCUCAAAUAAGCUUGUGAUAGACGUGUGAUGAUCGAAGGGUAACUUGUAAACUUUGCUGUUGUGAACAAGUCUUUAAAAUCCUCUCCAUCUGUAAACCGCACCGAAAGCAGAAGCUGGUAAGAAAGGCUGUUUGAUUAUUUGCUCCGCGCUCCUAGCGUUCAACCCUUUGCUUCUUACCUGGUCUGGACUUGUGGCUCCAUUUAUUCUCAUCCAUCCAGGCCACCCUUACGAUGUUAGAGGGUCGCUAUGAGACCCUAAUGAUGGGACUGUAUAGUGUAGUGUUGACAUUAUUCACACGGGAUUAUUUCUAAUGAAGUUCACAUCACGAGGUUCAGAUCUGUUAUAUGCAACUUGAGAUGGCCUCCACCAACAUUGCCCU